UAUUAUUAAUUUUACUAUCUUUGCAUUUUUGUAAAAUAUUAUUAGCCAUUGAUAAUGUAGAUAAUAAUUUUAGCAAUAAUAGCAAAUCAAUACAUAAUAUCGACACUGAAGAAAAUGCUGGGUUUGGACAACAAAGUAAUGACAAUGUGGUCAAUGAUUUAAUUAAUAUAUCGGAAAAUACUGGUCGAUCACAACAAAUGCAUAGUAAUAAAAGUUAUGUAAAAUCUAUAUCAAGAUAUGCUCCAAAUUUAAAUCUAUUAAAUGAUAAAAACGACACAAAAAUUGAAGUUUUUAGUAGGAUUUUGAAUCAUCCAUUAGUGUCGGCACUAUUAGUCAAAUUGGAGCCAAAAUUAGCUAAUUUUAGUGAAAAUAUUAAAUUAAAUUUAAAAGAUUUGCUAUCAGAAGCUAAAGAAGGAUUGUCUGGUGAUUCGGCACAACAGAUACGACAGACAGCGAUGACAUUCAUUGAAAAUCUUGAUUUAUCGCCGCUAUGUUUGAUGUCAUUUGUUAUGAUGAAAAGGGAUCUGAGUUCAGGUCAACUCUGGCCACUCAAAUUCAUUGACUCCCUUAGCAUCCGACCUCUGGGUCUAUUGGAGGGUACGUUCUCUAGUUUUGGUCUCUAUGAUGAAUGUCUGGACAUUGAAAACGAUCAGUUUCUCGGUCUCAAAAUGAGAGGACAGUAUUGUUUGGCCAAAAGAUCGGCCCGUUUUAUGGAACCGGUAUUUGAAUCACAGGAACAUAAUAUAAAGGCAAACAUUUCGUCGACAAAAUUAAAUCCAUUUGGUUUGGAUAACAAUAUGUUAAAACUGAUGAAAUCCGUCAACUAUUUUAAAAAAGCUUACUUUCGUUUCGGUCUUUGUAUUCCUUCAACUUGUAGUCCAAAAGAGAUUAAUCGAGUCAUUAAUAAACUAAUGACUCCAAAGGGACAACAAAUUUUUGAAAUUGAAAAGGAGUGCAAAAUCAAGAACCGAGAGAUUAAGCGGAAUGCCUAUCAACGGACGGCACAAUCAAUACUAAUAACAUUGACUCUAUUGGUUAUAAUGAGUACAGCCGUUGAGUUUUAUUAUAAUUAUCGUCGGACUAGUUUUGGUCGUAAAAAAGUGAUAAACAAAUCACUGUUAAUAUUCUCUGCCAUUUCCAAUACUAAUCUAUUGUUUCGUAAAGACCCGAAACGUCUGAACACAAUCGGCACUAUUAUCUGGUUGUUUGUGAGCCUUGAAUUUGUCGGUCGAUCCUACGUUCAGCCUAUCUUUUACAGUAUGAUUGGUCUAUUGAGACCAAACAAAAGUAUUGCCAGAGAAUACUUUACGUCCAAAAAGUUUUUCUGGAUUCGCAACAGUUCCUACUCUAUGACACUUUACAUACUCUUGAGUGCUAUAGUGUUAGGUUAUAAUAUAACAGCUGAUAAACGUAAAGCCAAAUACAGUCCAUUAUAUUAUCUCAAAUAUAUAGUAAACAGAUAUUUGAGUAUAUUUCGGCGUAUAAUUGGACCAAUACUAUUGAUAUAUCUGAUCCCACUAAUUGGUGAUGGACCCAUUUGGCAUUAUUAUGAACCAGUUCAUGUAGCACCUUGCAAAAAUAAUUUAAUGUCAUCACUACUAUUAUAUAGCAACUAUAUGCCUGGUUUUGACCAAAUUUGCAAUUUGCCCAGUGCAACAUUUUCAGCAAUUUUUCAAUUGAGUCUAUUGGCACCAUUAAUAUUAUUAUUAGUCAAAUUAAAGCAUUAUAUUGGUUACAGUAUAUUAGCACUGUUGGUAUGUUUUGGUUGUUUCUUUAGUCUAACCCGUCGUCUAUUUACUGAUUUCCCGAUCGCACCGUUUGAAGUGACAAAAAUGCAUUCAAUUGAACAAAUAAGUCAUUCAUUUAUAUAUUAUUUGGGUUCAGCCGAGCAAAACUUGUCGACUCUUAUUAUUGGACUACUUGUCGGAUAUCUCAUACGUAACAGACCUGAUAUUAUCAAAGUUAACAGUAAACAUGGAUUACUAUUUAUGUGGUGUGCCUUUCUGGCACUGCCGCAAAUUGCAAGCUAUUGGAGCGACACUUUUAAAGCACUCAAAGGCAUUCAUAAUGAAACCAAUUUUUUGUUGUGGUUUCUAUCGGGAAGAGUAAUGUGGGCCCUGGGGUACGGUUGGAUUGUUUUUGCUUGUAGUACUAAUAGAGGAGGUAUUAUUCAGCGUAUAUUAACUAAUGAGACAAUACAGCCACUGUCAAGACUUGCUUUUGGCAUUUAUCUCAAUCACAUUAAUGUUAUUAGCAUCAGAUUGUUUGCUAUUAAACAAACAUAUUUUCUAACGCAUUCACAAAUCUUUGAAAGCGUAAUUAUCGAUUAUGCUAUUGCUGUGUUAAUAGCAUAUAUAUUUUAUAUACUCAUUGAAUGUCCAAUUUAUCAUUUAAUAAAAAUCAUUUGCGGUCAAUAUGUCAACGAUAGUAAUGUCGGUAAUACUGUUUACGAGAGGACGGGUAAUGGGGAGUCAGUCAGAGAUCACGAACACAUUGUGCGAGAAAACAUUGAAAUUAAAGUAUUUGCAAAUAAAAAUUCAGAUAAUUUAUAGAUUUAAUACAUUAUUAUUAGAUUUAAGUUAUAUAAUUA